UGCACUCCUAUCUCAUCGUCUUAUUUCCGUUUCUUCAUUGCUUCUUCUCUCAUCUUUCUUCUUCUCCUCCUCCUUUUUCAGCUCAGAUAUACAUACAUACAUACGUACACAUAAACAACAGAAAAAGUAAAAACAAUAAUGGGGAAUUGCCAGGCGGUAGACGCUGCAGCGCUGGUUAUACAGCAUCCGAGUGGGAGACUGGAAAGGAUGUAUUGGCCGGUGACGGCGAGUGAGGUGAUGAAACUGAACCCAGGGCACUACGUUUCUCUCAUUAUACCGCUCCCGAUCGCCGGCGAAGAGAGUUCCGGCGAAAGGGCGGUGCGGUUUACACGCGUCAAGCUUCUCCGCCCCACUGAUACCUUAGUUCUCGGCAGAGCUUACCGGCUGGUCACCAAUCAAGAGGUGAUGAAGGUUCUGAGAGCCAAAAAGAACGCGAAGAUGAAGAAGAAGGUUUGUGAGAAUCUGCAGGGGGGUUCAGAGAAGCUGCAGGGUUUGAAAGAUGGAAACUCAGAGCCUGAGAAGAACAAUCAGGAUACAAGACAUCGGCAGAGAUCUGGGCAGCCAAUUGCAAGGACUAAAUCGUGGCGGCCAUCAUUGCAGAGCAUUUUAGAAUCUGUAAGCUGAUCAAGAACAGGUGCAGCUUGAGAUCCGGGUGAUGUUUGAGUAAUAAUGCAUCUGUAUAGUUCGAAAAGAAGAAAUCAUAGCAGUUAAGAAACAAGUUGGGUUCCACAGUUUUCCUGAUUCUAGUUUGGGCAGAAAAUCAGAAAUGUACUUACAAAAUGAAGAUCAGUGUUGAUAGUUGAUACAUAAAUGCAAUCAAGAAGUGAUCAUUGCUAUGUUGGA